UUUUUUUUGUUCCCUUCUCCUGCCCUUGAACUGAGUUUGUCCUCUGUGCAUGCCUCUUCUGGAGCAAGGCUGGAUCCUGAACCUCGGUGCAUGUGAGGGGCAAAGCCUCGUUCAUAUUCCUGCAAUAAGAGUAAAAUGUAAAUUGGAUAAUACGACUUCUUGCCAAAGGCUCCAAUGAGUGGCACACAGUCCACAAUCACGGACAGGUUUCCUCUCAAAAAACCUUCGAGACACGGCAGCAUUCUGAGCAGAGAGUCUCCAGCUGACAAGAAGCAGAAAGUUGAACGCUGCAGCAGCACCCACGACUUCGAUCCCACAGAUAGCUCCUCCAAGAAGACAAAGUCUAGUUCUGAGGAGAGUAAAUCCGAGACGUAUGGCCUGGUGCAGAGGUGUGUGGUGAUCCAGAGGGAUGAGAACGGCUUCGGGCUGACGGUCAGCGGGGACAACCCCGUCUUUGUGCAGUCUGUCAAGGAAGAUGGAGCAGCCAUGCGGGCUGGAGUGCAGACAGGUGAUAGAAUUAUCAAGGUGAACGGGACUCUGGUAACACACUCGAACCAUUUGGAGGUGGUCAAGCUGAUCAAGUCAGGUUCCUAUGUAGCUCUCACUGUCCAGGGGCGCCCCCCAGGGUCGCCCCAGAUUCCCUUGGCGGAUUCUGACGUGGAUCUGGCAGCUUUUGGGCAUAUGCCUCCCAUCAUGGCAUCCCCCCACUCACCUGGCACGUCAGGGAAUGCAGAGAGGAUCACCAGCCCAGUGCUCAUGGGGGAGGAGAAUAACAUUGUCCACAACCAGAAGGUGGAGAUUCUGAGGAAGAUGCUCCAGAAGGAGCAGGAGAGGCUGCAGGUCCUGCAGGAGGAGUACAGCAGAACCCCCUCCACCCGUGGGCUCAAGGAGAUCCAGGAGGCAAAGAAACACAUUCCUCAGCUGCAGGAGCAGCUGUGCAAGGCCACGGGCUGCUCUCAGGAUGGAGUCCUGGCCCCCAGGUCUGUGUCAGAGUCCCUGCAGAUCAGCGAGGGGGAGGCAGAGAGUGGGGACAGUGGCAGCAAACUGGAUUUCAGUGGUGACAGCCCCUCCAGACCCAACAGUGACAUUGCUGAUAGUCCUCGCAGUGGCCUGAAGGAGAGAAUUUAUCCAGAUGAGAGCCCAGAAAAGGCUGAGCUUCAAGAUACUGAUUCCCAGUCCAGUGUUGGGAGUCCCCUGUCCCGAGUGGGGACUCAGAUCAUUGGAGCAGAGGAUGAUGAUUUUGACACAGAGCAGGAGCAGAUUAAUGGGCAGUGCAGCUGCUUCCAGAACAUCGAGCUCCUGAAAUCCCGCCCAGCUCACCUGGCUGUUCUCCUGCACCACGUGGUGUCCCAGUUUGAUCCUGCAGCACUGCUGUGCUACCUUUACACAGACCUGUACAAACAGACCAACUCCAAAGAGACCCGGCGUGUUUUCCUGGAGUUUUACCAGUUCUUCCUGGACAGAGCUGCAAACCUGAAAGUCCCAGUUCCAGAUGAAAUCUCCCUGGAAUUAGACAGGAGAAGGCCAGAGCUGCUCCCUGAAGAGCUCCACCGCCAGUUCAUCCAAACCAUGCAGGAUAAAGUCUGUCCAGAGGUCCAGAGGAACCUGGAAGAUUUCAGGCAGAAGAGGAGCAUGGGGCUGACCCUGGCCGAGGGGGAGCUGACCCGGCUGGACGCCGAGCGGCUCCGCGACCGCAACGCCGUGGAGAAGGAGAGGAGCUGUGCAGAGCAGAUCCUGGCCAAAAUCGAGGAGGUCCUGAUGACAUCCCAGCCCCUGGAAGAAGACAAGAGCUCCACCAUGCAAUAUGUGAUCCUCACCUACAUGAAGCACCUGGGAGUCAAAGUCAAGGAGCCUCGGAACCUGGAGCAGAAGAGGGGCAGGAUUGGUUUCCUGCCAAAGAUCAAGCAAAGCAUCAAGAAAGAGAAAGAAGGAGAGGAGAAAGGGAAGAGGAGAGGCUUCCCCAACAUUCUGGGGCCCCCCAGGAGGCCAAGCCGACACGACAGCAGUGCAAUUGGCAGGGCCAUGGAGAUGCAGAAGCCCAGGCACCCCAAGCACUCGCCCACAGCCUCCUCUGUGAGCCCAGAGCCCCCCGAGUCCAGCAAGAUGCGGCAGAGUGGCUCCUGCAGCGAUGGCACAGAUGCCCCUUACCCCCCUGCCAACCCCAUGUCCCCCCUGGCCAUGGGGCCCUUUGCCUCUCCAGAGGGCAGCAAGGACAGUGACACAGGUUUGAAGCAGCCUGGGGAAGCCCCACCUGCCAGUGACUCCAUGGAUGGCACCCCCCGCACACCCAACACCACCUUUGAGUUCCCUUCUCCCUUGGAAAACCUGCAGGAGGAGGAGGGAGAGUCAGAGAGGAUGGUUGACAUGGGAACACCAAAGCCUUUUCGCAAGAUGGACAGUGUUGGCUUUGCAGAUGUGCAGAGUGAGGAUGAGCUCUAUGACUUUGACAUGGACAUGGACCCUCCCAACUGGCAGCAGCUCGUGAGCAGGGAGGUGCUCAUGGGGCUCAAACCCUACGAAAUCAAGCGUCAAGAAGUGAUAAAUGAGCUCUUCUACACGGAGCGAGCCCACGUGCGCACGCUGAAGGUCCUGCACAACGUCUUCUACCAGAGGGUCACCAGGGAGGGCAUCCUCAGCUCCAGUGACAAGAGGAAAAUCUUCUCCAACCUGGAGGAUAUCCUUGGGCUGCAUGUUGCACUGAACGAUCAGAUGAAAUCUGUCCGAAAAAGGAACGAGACUUCUGUCAUUGGCCAAAUUGGGGAAGAUUUGCUCUCCUGGUUUAGUGGAGCAGCAGAGGAGAAGCUGAAACUUGCCACUGCCACCUUCUGCAGCAACCAGCCCUUUGCUCUCGAGGUCAUCAAGUCCCGUCAGAAGAAGGACUCGCGCUUCCAGACCUUCGUGCAGGAUGCUGAGAGCAAUCCCCUGUGCCGGAGGCUGCAGCUCAAGGAUAUCAUCCCCACAGAGAUGCAGAGGUUGACUAAAUACCCCCUUCUGCUGGAUAACAUUGCUAAAUACACAGAGCUGCCCGAGGAGAAGGAGAAAGUCAAGAAAGCAGCAGAUCACUGUCGCCAGAUCCUCAACCACGUGAACCAGGCUGUGAAAGAGUCAGAGAACAAGCAGCAUUUGGAGGAUUAUCAGCGGCGGCUCGACCUCUCCUACCUGAAGCAGUCAGAGGAUCCCAUGAUGGAUGAGUUCAGGAACCUGGAUCUAACAAAAAGAAAAAUGCUCCAUGAAGGGCCCCUGACCUGGAAAGUGAAUCGUGACAAAACCAUCGAUCUGUACACCCUGCUGCUGGAGGACAUCCUGGUGCUGCUGCAGAAACAAGAUGACAAACUGGUGCUGAAGUGCCACAGCAAGAUCCUGGCGUCCACAGCUGACAGCAAACACACCUUCAGCCCCAUCAUCAAACUCAACACUGUGCUGGUUCGCCAGGUGGCCACAGAUAACAAAGCUUUCUUCGUCAUCUCCAUGUCAGCAACGGGGGCUCACAUCUACGAGCUGGUGGCACAGACAGUCUCUGAGAAGAAUGUCUGGCAGGACCUUAUAGCUCAGAUGGCAGGAACUGUGAAGAUGGGGAGCAGCAGGAGAGUGAUCCCACUGCCUCAGUCAGGCCCUGGCGAAGAGGAGCGUGAAGAAGAGGAGCAGCAGAAGCUCAAAGAGCAGCAUGACAUUCCUGCCAGCAGCCUGCAAAGUCCAGAUAAAGACUUGGGCCUGGAGUCUCCCUUAAUACUGAACCCUCAGUCCUCUUCACCCAUCAUGUCAGAAAAGGCCAAGGUGGAAGGGCUGCUGGGGGCUGAGGGGCAGUUUGAGAAGGUGCAGCAGGCAGAGCUGGCACUGAAGGACUCCUCUGCCUGCUAUGAGCACCCAGCCAGCAGCUCAGCCUCGGUGCCAGAGGGGCAGUGGGCACAGGAUGCCCUGAGGAACUUGGGGCUGCUGCGGCAGCUCUUGGUGCAGCAGCUCGGCGUGGCUGACAAGGCGACCCUGGAGGACAGACAGCGCUCGCCCCGCUUCAGAACCGUGUCCCAGGAAGCCCAGACAGAGAGUGGCCCGGAGCUGCAGCCCUGUGACAACAAACUGCAGCAUCGCGGCCACCACAGGAGCCUUGGCAGAGCCGCGGAGCCCGCGGCUGGGCACGGACUGCAGGGCCCGGGGGACGCCACGCCGGGCACCGAGCCCGCUGCCAGGGCCGGGUUGCCCAUGGACAGCAUGAACGUGGAGGGCUCCAGCUCGGAGCUGGAGGGGCUGGGGGCCGACGAGAGCGGGGAGCAUUUCUUCGAUGCUCGGGAGGCUCACAGCGAUGAGAACGCCGGCGAGAGCGAGCUGCUGCACGGCAAGGACGACGAGGAGGUGCAAAUUCGGAUCUCAGGAAAUUAUUUGAUCCUUGACGGAUACGGAACAGUUCAGGAGAGCUCCACGGACGAGGAGGUGUCAGCCCUGGUCCUGCAGUGCACCUCCCACAGCAGACCCCCCCUGGACUGUCCCCAGCAGCAGCAGCAGCCCCUGUCCCCAAGGGACACCCGCUCGGACGGGGACAGCUCCCCGUUCCCCGAGGAGCUGCUGGGCUCACGCUGGCCGGGGCUGGAGGAGCCCUGUCCCUUCCUGGGCAGCCCCCAGCUGCCUCUGCAGAUCCGAGUGCAGCUCAUGCAGUACAUCCACAACAUCCAGGAUGCCCUGGAAAAGCUAAAGGAGGUUGAGGAGGAUUACAGCGUUCUGCGACGCCAGGGGCUGGCUGGCUCAGCCUCCACAGGAGAGCACUCAGACAAAAGCUAGUCGUGUUUCCAGGAGUGGCUGAAGAUUGGAUGUAGAGAAUCAGGACUCAGCACCCGCUGUCUCCCCUGUGGACUCUGGGACGAGGGUUUGGAGCAUCCAAACAGGAACCAUUCUCUAGCAAAGUGGGCAUGGGGUGCUUUUCCUGUGGGGCAUCUGCACUAUCUUGUCAGUGAGGGAGUCUAUUCUAUUCUGCUCCUCUCCUUGCUACCAGAAAUUAUUUUUUUUUUUUUCAGAAGAGGAAAAAAAAAAAAAAAAACCAAACCAAAUGUACAGAGCUUUGGGUGUAGGAUAUAAAAAAAAAUGUAUUUAGACAUUUAAAAGAAAAAAAAAAUCAAUGUAUUUAUUUGACUUCAUUCCGUGUAUCAAAAGCACAUUUUAAUUUUUUAAUCUGCCUUUUUUUUUUUUUUUGUUCUGUUUUUGGGUAGUGACAGUUCUGGCCCCCUGCAUGUGGCCCACCCUGCCUGGUGAGGGGACAGGGGGGACCUGAGUGCAGGUGUUUCCUCACUGGACUGGACUCUGCACUCCCUGCUGGCACUCAGACUACCAAGAGCUACUCAUGAAGGUGUUAGGAUGGAAUUUAUGGCUGGAAUUUGUCUGUAUCCAACCAACUGCAUGGGAAUUGCUCAUGUCACCACGUGUGCAACAGGAAUUUUCCAUGCACUAAACAGCCAGGCACUUGAGAUGGGCAAAUUUUCCUUUUCCCCUUUCCCAUUCCUUUGCUGGGAGAGGAGAAAGAGGUUGAAUUUUGUUUUUUUUUUUUCCUUGACUUUGUUGGCUUUGAUCAUUGUCUCCUUUGUAAAGUGAUAAAAAUACUUGGACCUGCAGCACUUUUGUAACUCUUCUCUGGAUCAAAAAAAAAAAAAA